AAUACAUAGACUUUGCAGUCUUGUAAUCUGGCUCAUUCAUGGGCAUUUUUAUUAUUUUGUGGCUUUCAUCAUCAACCCUUUUCACGUCCCCACUGCAGGGGCUCAGGCCUUCCUUAUGGAUGGUUAAGGAGGAGGAUGGGCCAUGACCCUUCACGCUGGACCAAUGCGGAUUGGAGGGUAUUAACGACUGCAAAUGCAGCCGGGACCAACGGCUUAACGUGGCUUCCGAAGCACGGAGUAGCUCGAGAUAAUAAUUUUUUGGUCACCCAUCCCGUGACCGACCCUUGCGAAAGUUGCUUAACGACUAGGAUCGCGGGCCGCGGCGCUUAUAAUGUGCCAAUAUAUAAAUGUUUGUCUUAUUUUCUAAGACAUUGUCACUAUUUUUUUUUGCUCUCCCAUUUCCGAGUAGUUCGGCGUCAGUUUUGCAAUAUCUACGAGCUUUAUUCUAUAUAAAUAAAAAAGUG